AUGUCGACGAUUCCCUUGCUCCUGGCCGUCUUGGUGGCGACGGCCGCCGCCGUCACCGACGCCAGCAUCGUCAGAUGCGACGCGGUCGAGGCCGCAUUCCGCGCAGCCGCCGAGAAUGACUCGGAGCCGUGCUCCUGCUUCGACGACGAUGAAGCUCAGGGCGUCGGUCUUGAGUUCGUUUUUGCCCCUUUUUGUGAGAAUAAGAAGAAAAGGGGAUGUUAGAAUGUUUUGAAGUUGAUUCUCCAGGAUAAUUUUUAAAAAAAGGUUUUAAUUUGUCAUGAACUCUGCACCAACAUGCCAAAGAACCUCCGUUCCCCGUUUUUUGGUGUUUGGAAGAGUUGUGACCUCAAUUCGAAUGGAACAAACAUUCAAAUGGGGGCGAGGUUUAGCCUUUGGUCAUUUCUUGGCAGAAAACAAUAUCUGGAUUUGGUAUUUGUUUUGGCGAAAAUCACAUGAAGCGGGAUUUCUAUCGAAAAAUAGCUGGAUUUGAGAAAAAGUGUGAGAAAUUUUCGAGACGGAAAAACUUUUAUAACUUUUUUUCAUUGGUUCACCUUCCAAAAAAAAAUCUAUUAUUUACUAUAUAUUUUAUAGCAAAAAUGACCAGUUCCUAGUUUGAUUCCCAAUUUUUCAAAAACAUUUCAAAUAUUGGCGUGUUCCAGCUGAUAAAAUGCAGACAUCAGCGAUUCUGUGAUAAGAUAUGGGCAGGGUGAUUUUUAAAAAAGAUAGAAAUUAUCAGUUUCUGGGAUUUUUUGCUGAGAUUGCGAAUUUUCGAAUCUAAUAUUGGCAAGGAAAGUAAGAAUGUAGUCUAUUGAGAACGUUGAAAAAAAUAUCAGAGUUAUUUUUUUAAUUAUAGACUAUCGUGAAAAAUUAAGAUUUUUUUAACCGUUAACGGUAAUUUAUGACAUCAAUUCUUGCUUCAAUUAACUAACAAAAAAAUUUAUUCAAUAGAAUAGUUAAUUGAAUUCUAUUUUUAUUGUUGAAAGAGAAAAAUUUUUUUAAUUUCAAGAUAUCGAUAAAAUUGCAAAAAAAGCAAGGGAGGCAUGAUUAAAAUGCAAAAUCCGCACGAUUAAAAUUGAAAAAAAUUUUUCUUGAUCCUUUUUUUAUAAUUUUUCUUCUUUUUGUUCAAAUUUGUUUAGUUUUUUUCUGAUGGGUAGAGAGAAAAUAAUGCGUUCAAAGGGCAUUAAAGAAGUUCUAGCACCAUUUUUAGUGGCCACUAAACUUGCGGUUCUUCUCACUUUGCACCAGAAGAAUAAGCGUUACAUGCAAAACUUUAAGGAUAUUUUUUUGAUAUUUCAUUUUUCCAACGAACUCAAUAUAAUAUCCUUUUAAUGACCGCGAGAAUAACGAAGUAAUUUUAUUUCAAAUGCCACAAGGAAAAAUGCACUUUAUAAAUUUGAUACUUUUCCAGAUGUGCCGCUUCCAGUCUCCCGACCAUUUUCGCAACGCUCCGAGUGCUCAACGAGACGUCCGUGUCGAAAAUUCGAAUCCGCGACUCUCUUCUGAACAUUCUGCCGGCUGACAUCUUCACGAAUGUUCGGAUUUUACAGAACAGUCUUAUAGUUAUAAUCGAUUUUUUUUGCGAGUUGAAAAUUGGCAAAAUUUAGUUGUUGCGUGCGCGGCGCGGCCCUUUGGAAACUUAAAUCAAAAAUUUUCUUUUUCAUGUUUUUAUUCUUGCUUAAUAGUUUUUGAUAGUUUAUUUGUUUUUUGUAUGGAUUUCGAGUAUUGUUUGAAUGAAAAAUGGAUUGAAAUUAGUUUUUUUGGAAAAACACGUUUUUUUAAAAUUUUCGAUAGUUGUUUUUUUAUUUUUGUAUGCUUUUUCGAAUAUUAGCUGGAUGAGUGAAAGUAUGAAAAAUUACCUUUUUUUGAAGUUUUUUUACAAGAUUGCUUUUUUUGAAUCGAAAUACCUGUCGCGUACGCUAAAAGUUACCCUCGCCUAUCUGCCCAUAUCAUCUUUAAAGAAAAAUAGACUAUCUUCAAUAUUUUCAGCUGAAGCCAAGAUCAUUGUCCAUCGAACGAUGUUCCCUGUCGGUGCUCCGCGAAGAAUCGAUAAAUGUCGUCGGCUCGCGGCUCCGGAAGUUGUCCCUCCGCAACAAUCGGCUCAAAAACCUGGAAAAGUACAUGUUCCAGGGGCUGACACGCCUUCAGAAGCUUGACGUUUCUGGUGAGUUUCGAGGCGUAAAGAAUAUUUUUUUUUAAAUUUUCUGGGUUCUGGAACUCAGUUUUGAGGUUAUGAUCAUGAUAAGGAGGACGGGCGGCUCGUAAUUUUUUUUUUUUGCGAUUUUUGAUAUGACUCCUCAAAAAAUAUAUUAGGAGAAGUAAUGUGACGUUUUUAUCUUUAUAUGGCUUAUUUUAAAAACUUUUCGAAAGCUUGAUCUUCCCUUAGGAAUUUUAGAGUGGUCCCUAUAGGGGUUAGGAGAUAAAACAUGUAGGGGUAAAAUCAAGGUGGUCCCUAUAGGGGUUUAGAGUCUGACCCUUAAGCUUUAAGUAUAAGUGGUCCCAUUAGGGGUCGUUCAAUUUUAUCCAAAAAACGAUUAUUUUUUAGUUUCUCGCAUAGAAAUGCUUCGCAUAAACUUCAUGAAAAGCAUGUCCCCUAUAGGGACCCUUCUGCAAGGUUUAGUGGACCCUAUAGGGGUUAAUGAAGUAAUCGUUUGUGGAGACUCUCCAAGGGCCCCUAAGAUUGCCCCUACAGGGACCACUCUAGAGAUCCUAAGAACCGUAACUAUGAAAUUUUUUCAGGAAACAAGCUGACGAGCAUCGCCGCCAAUACUUUCGAAGACUGUAAAGACCUCACCGAGAUCGUUCUCAACAAUAACGAAAUCGCCGUCAUUGAGCCGGGAACUUUCGCCAAUUUGACCUCCUUGAAGACCCUCAGCCUCAUUGGCAACAAGAUCACUUCCAUUUCCAAGUUGGUAUUGAUUUUUGCCCGAAAAAAUUCCUCAGUAUUUUUGGAUUUUGUCAUUACUUCAGGAGACGUGAUAGACCUUUUCUCAAUUUUUUACAAGUGACAACUUCAAAAAGAGAAAUUUACAGAGUUUCAUUUUUCUUGACUGACCGGAAUUUUCGAAACUUAAACAAGGUCUUCAAUUUGUUUUUAGCCUUUUGUAAAUUUCAGCGUUUAUAACUUUUUUAUGUCAGUUUUAAAGCGCAGAUUCGAAAUUUGCGUGAAAUCUUGCACCUAGUUACAGUAGUUUCAUUAAGAAAUGUAGGACCUGAAUUUUUCUGAUUUCUCUGCGCUCUCUUUUCACUUGGCGAUCUCUUUUUUGUUUCUAUGGCCUCGUCGGUGAGAGAAAAGAGAGCACAGAGGGGUCGGACUGUUUUGAAUAAUGGUGUACCGUUUUAAGCUUUGUUUGGUCCUUGAAUGGCUGAAAUAGUCUAGAAAGAAAACGAAUCAUCCGUUUUUCGCGACUUUGAAAGUGUAGGACUUCUCUGCGCCCUCUUUAUCUCUCGACGUCUCUCUCAUGUUUACGUGCUAUUUCCAUGUUUCUCUGACCUCGAAGGUGAGGGAACAGAGAGACGCAGACACGCGACAGACAGCCUAUACUAUUUUUACCAAGUUUCUUUUUUCAGAGACACCUUCGCCGGCCUCGAAUCUCUGGAGGUGCUCCAGCUCCAAGGCAACGAGAUCGUCUCCAUCGACUGGGCUGCCUUCGCCGGAAUGAGCCGGCUGAAGACGUUGAACCUCGGCACGAACCACAUUGCCAACGUGGAACUCCGCGGCCUGGACAACCUCCAGAAGCUGUUCCUCAACAACAACAGCAUCAACUCCCUGAAGAGCGUCAGCCUCCGCGAUCUGCCAGCUCUGAGCAUUCUGUCCUUCGACCGCAACCAGAUUACCUCCAUCGGCGACGUCGACCUGUUCGGCCUGUCCCGCUCCACGAGACUGGAGAGCAUCGCCUUGGCGUCCAACAACAUCAGCCACAUCUCCCCGAGAGCCUUCCAGUCCGUCCAGAACUUGCAGUCCUUGUCCCUUCAGAACAAUCAUAUCACCGACCUCUCCACAAGUAGUUUGAAGCUUGGAAUCAGCUGGAAGUCAAGGAGUUCUUUCAGAUGGAACCGCCUAUCUGAUGCCACUGAAAAAGCUGACGACUCUUCAGUUAUCAGCCAAUCAGUUAGUGACCAUCCGAGCUGAUGAACUGCCCAAGUCGGUCGUCACCCUGGCUGCUGAUCAUAACCAGAUUGCUCAUGUAUGGGAUUUUUUUCUGAAGCUUUGAAAAUAGUUGAUCCUUCUCUUCUGCUUGCGGUAUGCGUAACACGUAGAAGUUGUGAUGAAGGUUCACCCGACCAGAAACGACUUGCGCGCUUUGACAUAGAAAAACUAGAGUCAGCUGCAUUUAAUCAAAAAAGUCCGUCCAGAUUUAGAAGUUCAAAUUGUCGCGCAAGAUCCGCCCUUAAAGGCGAUAAACCAAUCAGAGAACGAGCCAUCCACAGAGCCUUUUAGAGCAUUAUACGAUUUUUAGUCGGAAAUUUUGAAGCUUUAAAUCAAACCGCAGCGCGACCGCAACGCGUCGAGCCAUUCUCCUUAUAAAGAUCAAAGUGCGGCGUUUUUUUGAAAUUUUUACUAGUCUAGUCUGUUCAGAGGUUGAAUUUUAUGUGGCAUCAGAAAUCUGAAAAGACUGUAGUUGAUCAAUUUUUCCGACUCAGGCCUGCUGGAUCCUGUUUAUAUUCUGAUGAAAAUUAGACUUUUCUUUCCUCAAUGAUCACUUCCAGAUCGAUGGCAGAGCGUUCGAAGGAAUCUCCCUGAAGAGAUUGUACCUGAACAACAACAAGCUCAAGUUCCUCAACCAGCACACGUUCGACUCGUUCGCCCCCGAGACUAUCGAUGCCAUUGAUGUUUCGUGUGAGUUUGAAAAAGAAAAAAGAAAAAGAUUGAUUUACUAAUAAAUCGUAGAGUUACGUUAAAAAUUUUGGAUUUUCAAGCCAAAGAGCAAAUUUUGUUUUUUUAUUCCGUAGCUCCGUCAGCCCCCCCUCCGUCUUUCGUCCAAAAAAAAAUGUUAAAGAUCCAGUUUUAAAUUUUUUGUGAAAUUUCACUGAGAUUUCCGUUAAAGUACUCUGAUCCAAUGACAGGGAGAAAAAAAAAUUGCGUUCCCACUUUUUAGUUGAGCUAUGACGUAAAAAACCUUCAUUUCUCCACUGCAAUGGCAGAUCGCCAAGAUAAGGACGUUGAAACUCAAAAAAAAAGACGAAAGGCGUGAAAUUUUUCGGGUUUUCUAGGACCAGGGUGCUCCAGAGAAUACCUCAGGAAAGUCGCAAAUCAUUUUGAAAUGUGCUUGAUUGGUAUGACUCCUAUUUCAUCCUUCCCAUUUCCAGCGAACAACUGGCAAUGCGUCUGCGGCAAGGAAUGGCUGCCCGGCUGGCUGGAGAAGGCCGGCGACAGCGACGUUGCCGACGGCUACCUCGGCUGCCUCGCCAUCUGGAAGUGCGCCGUCGACUCGACCGCCCAAGGCGACGAGCUCAAGGAGGACGAGUCGCGGUCCGUCUGGGUGACGGCGAUCGCUGCGACGCUCGCCCUCGUCUCCCUGCUGAUUCUCGUCGCCAUCGCCGUCCUCUACAUCAAGGAUGGAUAUCAGAGGGUUCGUCGUGAAUUUUUCAGUUUGAAAACGCCAAGCUACACACUGAGCCCUCAUUUGUUUCUUUAUAAUCUUUAUCUCGAACUCUUUCCCUUAAAUAAAAAUAAUCAGAGGAUAUUUUCAGCCGACGAUAAUCCGGCCUCUACACCGACGAAUCGACUCCGACCUCCACAAGUUGAUCGACAACGAUCCCCUGAUACAAACAGACGUGGAGCCUUCCCGCAAGACUCCCGCGGGCGACAAGAAGAAAGUCCGCUUCGAAACCUGA